AUGCUCAAACAGAUACUGAAUAAGAUUUCUAUUAAACAUUUGAAAUCUGGUAAAGACCAUGACUUCUCUUCAAGUUCUUCGACGAAGAGAAGUGAAGCAGGAAGUAAAAAAUUAAGUAGUGCAGUAAAUGAAGUUAUUUCAGCCCCUCAUUCUGUAUUAAGCAAUGGGAAUAAUCCAGAAGACGAGUUUUUUCAAGAUAAGAAGUCGAAAGGAAAUGGAAAUUCGGUUACUGUAUUGCACGAAUCCUUGCCAAGUUUUAGAGAAGUUACUAGCUCUGAGAAGCAAAAUUUGUUUAUUAGAAAGCUGAAGUUUUGUUGUAUUCUAUAUGACUUCACUGAUCCUACGAAGAACCUUAGAGAAAAGGAGAUCAAGCGGCUGACGUUGUUGGAGCUAGUGGAGUAUGUGAGUUCUGCAAAUGUCAAGUUCACAGAACUCGAAUUUCAAGAAGUCGUUAACAUGGCAUCUAUGAAUAUAUUUAGGGAAUUCACUCCUCAGCCGAGGGAGAGCAAUAUUUUAGAUGGCCUUGAAUUGGAAGAGGAUGAGCCUGCAAUGGAUCCUGGAUGGCCUCAUUUGCAAAUUAUCUAUGAAAUUCUGCUAUUGAUGGUAGUUUCACCCAAAACAGAUGUAAAUGUUGCUAAAGGAUACAUUGAUAAAUCCUUUGUUCUCAAGUUGCUUGAUCUUUUCGACUCUGAAGAUCCUAGAGAAAGGGAAUACUUAAAAACUAUACUACACCGCAUUUACGGGAAGUUUAUGGUUCUCCGGCCCUUCAUCAGGAUCGCUAUAAACAAUAUAUUCUAUUCGUUUAUUUUCGAGACUGAAAAGCAUAAUGGCAUUGCUGAACUUUUGGAAAUUCUCGGGAGCAUAAUUAAUGGAUUUUCUUUGCCACUAAAAGAAGAACAUAAACUCUUUCUUCAGCGAACACUAAUUCCCCUUCACAAACCGAAAUGUUUGGCGAUGUACCACCUACAGUUAUGUUACUGUAUAGCUCAGUUUUUAGAGAAAGACUGUAAGCUUGCUGAUAUGGUUAUGAGGGGACUGUUGAAGUACUGGCCAGUUACUAAUAGCUCAAAGGAAGUCUUGUUCCUUAAUGAGCUGGAGGAAGUUUUAGAAACAACGAAGCCACCAGAAUUCAAACGCUUUAUGGUGCCUUUGUUUCAUCAAAUUUCUCGUUGCUUGAAUAGUUUGCACUCUCAGGUGGCGGAGAGGGCUUUGCUCUUGUGGAACAAUGAUCGCAUCGAGAAUCUAAUCAGACAAAACCGUGGGAUUAUACUGCCUAUAAUCUUCCCUGCUCUGGAGAGAAAUUAUAGGCACCAUUGGAAUCAGGCUGUGCAUGGUUUGACGCUGACUAUUCGCACAUUUUUCUAUGAUCUCGACCCUGAUCUAUUUAAGGUGUGCUUGCUAAAGUUGCGGGAAGCUGAAUCAAAGGAAGAUGUGAUCAAAGAAAAGCGGGAAGCCACAUGGAAACACAUUGAAAAACUUGCUGCGGAAAGGGCUGCAAAGUGA